GGCAUAUAUCUAAAUUGUUUUUCCGAACGCUUUACUCAAUUAUGGGCGCAUUAGAUGCCGUUUUGUAAAAUUUACCCACCGGCCACACGAAGUAAAGCAUUGCUGACAACGCUUCAAAUUUUCCCUUUUUGGAGCAAGUCAGAAACUAAAGCUUUCUCACAAGACUGCUAUGGAUCACACGGUUCAUGAAGCACAAACCAACGAGUCAAACAUAUUAGUCAUUGCAAAUGCAGUUCCUAUUGAUCCCAAGCUUGUAGAAUUUAUUGAGGAUCGCGCUCACAAAUUAACAAAGGAACUGCAGACCUUGACAUUGAACCUACAGCAACGCAUGGCACAGUAUGCGAAGUUGACUGCAGAUUCAACGGCGUUACAGUACGCGACUAUUAAAGAUAUGGCCAAGGAACAGGACGCCUGUAUUGGACAGACGCUUGAAUUGAUUACCCGGUGCGAUGAGCUUGAGAAGGAUUUUGGUGCCAUGUACGCUGUAUCCGCUCAAAUAAAGGCAAUCAAUAAAUCCUUGGAUCUACUGCAAGCUUCGCUGCGAUAGAAUGACACGUCGGUAUUGAAAGCCAAGCAACUCCCCAGCAGCAAAUGUCGAAUAAUGUAUCAGCAUACAGCAUUUUAAUUAAUCUC